ACCCUCUCCAGUAUAACUACACAUUCUGGUACUCUCGGCGCACCCCCAGCCGGCCAGCCAACACACAGAGCUACGAGCAGAACAUCAGACAGAUCGGCACCGUGGCCUCGGUGGAGCAGUUCUGGAAGUUCUACAGCCACCUGGUGCGGCCGGGGGACCUGACUGGACACAGCGACUUCCACCUCUUCAAGGAGGGGAUCAAGCCCAUGUGGGAGGACGAGGCCAAUAAGAACGGUGGGAAGUGGAUUAUCCGACUGCGUAAGGGGCUGGCCUCCCGGUUCUGGGAGAACAUCAUCUUGGCCAUGCUGGGAGAGCAGUUCAUGGUGGGAGAGGAGAUCUGUGGAGUGGUGGUGUCCAUCCGCUUCCAGGUAGGCUGCCCUGCUGGGCUCUCUGGACUGGCUCAAGCAGGAGAGGAAGGCUCAAUUCCCACAGCUGUCUGCUUCAGCCCCAGAGGACGGAGACUCCAGACUGUCUUGGAAUAGCUGUUUUCAUGUCGACAUGCUAUUGCACUAUUUAGCGGGACUUAUUUGUAUUUUUGACGGUAUGGUUUGUACGAGAACCACCAUCAGCUACUGAAAUCUGGAGUGGAUCAGACAGCUCU